ACCGGUACCUCCCGGUGUCCCCCCCCGGUCCUACCGGUACCCCCCGGGUCCCCCCGCGAUGCUGGCGCUGCCCCCGGGGCUCACGGAGGAGGAAGAGGCGCUGCAGAAGCGGUUCGCGAAGCUGAGGAAGAAGAAGAAGGCGCUGUUGGCACUGAAGAAGCAGCAGAAUGCGGCCGGACCCAGCGGGCAGGGGGGGAUCAAGCGAUCCCUAUCGGAUCAGCCCCCCCUGGACACGGCCAUGGCCACGGAGCAGGCGAAGCUGUUGGUGAAGUCGGGGGCCAUCAGCGCCAUCAAGGCCGAGACCAAGAACUCGGGGUUCAAACGCUCCCGGACCCUCGAGGGCAAACUUAAGGACCCCGAGAAGGGCCCGAUCCCGACCUUCCAGCCCUUCCAACGCAGCAUCUCUGCUGAUGACGACACCCAAGAGUCGCGUCGACCACAGAGGAAGUCGCUCUAUGAGAGCUUUGUGAGUGCCAGCGAGAGGCUACGGGACUCUGAGGGGGGGUCGAGCUCAAGGGGGGACCCCCCCGAGCGAGGGGAGCGGCGCCUGGAGUGGGAACAAGACCCGGAGCCGGAGGAGCGGAGCCGGGACCGGGAUGGACCAUUCCGAAGGUCGGACUCGUUCCCCGAGCGCCGCCCCCCCCGCAAAGGGAACACUUUGUACGUGCACGGAGUGGAGCUGAGCCCGGAGCUGCUGCGCGGAGCCUUCGGCCCCUUCGGAGCCAUCAUCGACCUGGCCAUGGACACCCCCAGGAACUGUGCCUUUGUCACCUAUGAGAAGAUGGAGUCAGCGGAUCAGGCCAUUGCCGAGUUGAAUGGGGCCGUGGUCCAGGACGUGCAGCUCAAAGUCAGCAUCGCCCGGAAGCAGCCGCUGCUGGAUGCGGCCACCGGGAAGUCUCUGUGGGGGUCCCUGGCGGUGAAGAACAGCGCAAAGGGCUCCCACAGGGACAAGCGCACGCAGAUUGUCUACAAUGAAGACCUAUUUGGGGGGCAAUAAAUGACUCCCCCCCCCUUUCAA